UAAAGAUAGAUAAAAAAUCUAUCUCUAUCUCUUCAUUCAACCAUCACAAUACCCAAUCCAGGAAAAGUUGUUGCCUGUGAAGGAUGCCUUCAGCUGCGAAUGCAAAAUCCGAAAAGCCAGCCUCUUCGGAGGCUUUGGAUAAUUCACCAGUACGACAGAUUAUGACCAUUAUUGAGCAUAAAAUCCGAAAUUUGGAGAAAAGAAAGAGUAAGCUAACAUCAUACCGCGAUUUACAAAAAGCAGGCAAAGAGCUGAAUACUGACCAGAAGGUAGCAGUUGCAAAGUAUGAUGAAGUGGCCCAAACACUUGAGUUUGCAAGGGAUAUGUCCAAGCAAGUUGCUGGAAUUGCAACAGCUGCAGAACGUGAAGCAAAGAAACAAGCAAAAAAGGAUGCUUGGGUACGUUAUGCAGCGGAAACAAACAAAAUUCGAGAAGUACUGUUAAUUCUGGAUUGCCUUAUGCAAAUGGGUAAUAAUGAAGCUCGAGAUGAUUUUUUGAAUGGAUGUAAUGGAGCGGCAAAACUUACUGAGGAAGACCUAAAAAUUUUAGAUGAUUUAUACCCUGAAGUGACACCGAAACAUGAAGUAAAUGAAGAAGGAUUGCCUGGAUUUCACAUUCACGCGACCAAAGCUGCUGACCAUUUAUAUUCUAUUAUUGAUGGUAAACCAAAGGAAGUACUUGGUACAACCUAUGCACGUAUAAAAGAAAUUGUUACCACAGUCCAUGAGUGUGGUUACUUUGACAAGACAGAUGAUAAUGUAGUUGUGGAAACUGAAGAAAAUUUUAUUUCUGCUUGUGAGGAGACACAGGAGGUGGUAGAAACUGAACUAGUAACGGAACCAGUACCUGCUUAUCCCCCCGCUGGCGCACUGCCAGUACCUCCCGCACCAGCCGUUGUACCAGCUCCUGCUUAUCCUCUACGUCAACUUCCUCCAAUUACUUUGCAAGAAGUUGAACAUGCAUACUUUUCUCAACAGUACCCACAACAAAGGCCUCUAACAGAAGUAAUAGGGUCACAGAACUUCUUCUUCUUACAAGAAUCUGAAAUUGACAGCCCUAUUGGCACCCCUCAACCACCACAAAUUCCUAACCAACCAUCACCACCAGCACCUAUUCCUACUCAAACUUUCACCAACCAACACUUUGUACAACUGCCUGGGGGGCGUGUUCCAGACGCUGCUGGUAUGCCAUUACCACCGCAAGCCCAUUUUGUUCCACAUCCUGAGCAUCCUGGUUUUGCACCAAAUGCUGCUGGUGUCCAAAUUCCUAUGACCCCACAAGGACACCCUCCACAUCCUCAGCAUGUAGCCCCUCAACCGCUGCCUCAUCCUGCUCCACAACCUGGUAUUCCACAACCAUCUCAACUACAGCCGCAACCUCAUCUUAAGCAUCCACCACAUACCUCAACUAUUCAGGUAGACCGUCAACCUGUUAAUCAACACGAAGAGCGACAACCUGCUACAUCUGUGGAGGAGAAAAAUGAUGACGAGUGGAAAGAGAGCCGUAGUCCUGAGCAUGAGGAUGGUAUGGACCGUAAGACACAAGGUCAGGGUGAUAGACAGAAUAGAUACAGACGUUAUGGUAGACGUGUAGGUGGUCGUGGGGCACCAAACGGUCAUCGCGGCCGUGGAACCUUCCUGAAUAUGCAGAGCGGCGAUGGGUAUCGGGGUAGACACGGCGGCGAAUACCAGACCAGGCCUAAUAAGGAAGGCUACCAGAGCCGACAGUAUGAUGGUUAUCAAAACAGGCACGGUAAGGACGGGUAUAAUAACCGAGCUGACACCCGAGAAGAUGGGUACUACGGAAACGGCGAUCCAGCUGAUUCCCACCACCAUAACGAUAAUGGUGGCCGAGACAGAUACAAUGAUAAUAAUCAAAGCUAUCAGGGUGGAUUCAAAAGUCGCGGCAGGGGAGGGCCACGGGGUGGUCCACGUGGGACUGCGCGGCCUCCGCGCCCCCAACACUGCACGAUGGGCUAA